AAAGUGAUGAAUAGGUUGUUGGCCUUCCUAACUCAGCUGCAGUGAUUUUUCGUCCAUGUGUUGGGUGCCUGUUGCUUUAUGUCGUUCCAGGUGUCAGAAGGCAUUGCCUCUUGCCAGCUUCUGGCAGCCCCAGAGGCAUUGCCUCUUGUGAAAAACCUUGGAUGCUGAACUAAAUUACAUUUUACGGAGUGAGGAAGGAAGUGCAGCUGACUUACUUUUUUUUGAGUGGCAUUAGACGCUCUGCGUGUGGGAGAGGAGAAUAUUUGGCUGGUGACUGCAGUGUUGAUAAGAACUGAGCCUACCCAGGCCCUGGUUUUGAAGUCUCAUUUUUGUCCAUCAAGCACUAAGCAGACCCAAAAGGGAAUGUUGGCUGGUCCUUCUUGAAUAAAAGAGGGCUAGGAUUUGCUGCAAGACCAAGGCCAAUUUCUGUAAUUCCCUAAUCCCCUCAGCAAACUGAUUUUGUUAAAAUUUAAGAAAAGCUUUUGCAAUGUUUCCUGGCCUCAGUGUUUGGAUCAGAUAGCUUUCAUCUUCAUAAGCUGAUGAAGGAGUUGAAAGGGUUUAGUAUCACGUGCCUUAGAAACCAAUUUUACUUUUACUUGGAGUGGCUUCACAUCUGUGAAAGUUGUUUUGACGAAUUAAUCCUCUAAGCAAUCAAGAGAAAAUGGAAUAGAGGAGUGAGUUUGUUCUUCAAAUGCUGCAUGGCAAAUCAGGUUCCAUUUCCAGCCCUCUUCAGAUUAUUAUCUCCUGGAAUCUUGUCCUUGCCAUUUGUUUCUCAGAGUCCAAUCCAGCAUUGAUGGUUCACCUGUUCCGAUCCCUCGUGCGGCCAUGGCUUUCUGCCCAGAGGAGAUGAUACUGCAAACACACAGAUUUGUGACCCCAGGUGAAAAAAAACUAUGAAAUUACAGCAGCUGCUUGGAACAGUCUCUCAUAUCUUUUCCAAAUAGAGAAAAUGAGUAUGUCAUUAUUAGAAAAGUUUAGAAGACUUAUUUAGCGUCACAAGCCAAGAGAACAUGGUUUUUUGGGAACUGAUCACAUGGAGUGUUGGGUGCUUACAGCAGAAGCUGUAAGGCUGAAGCAUGCUGGAGUUAGAUCCUUCUCCCACCUUCAGUGGUCAGGGUUUUGAGAGUAACAAGUGCAAACUUCCCCCCUUCUCCCACUCAGCCUGUCUGCAUUAGCAGAGCUGUUGCUCACAGCACAGUCCUGAGCACGUCAGAGCCUCAGCCCUCAGCGCUGUUUGGGUAAAGCAGCUACUUCAUGUCACAGUACAUCAUGUUCUCCUCAAACUCCAUCAAAGCCCCUCUCGUCCCCCACCUCCCCAAAACAAACACCCACCUCUGCCACGGUGAGGGGGCUUUGCUGGGGGGAGAGCUGAUGUGGAGACAAUGUGGCUCCCAGGCUGUUUGCUUUUCAUGGAGCAGUUGAUGGAUCUGACUCUGGCAGGUACAGGAGUGUACCUUUUGAAAAAUCAGCUGUGGAAAUGUCAGACAUCUGUCCUUCAGCUUGGCAGGAGGGGAGGUGAAGCAGCCGUCACUUCUCACCUUGGCAACAUCGGCUGUGUUAUUUUUUUUAAUAUAAAGAAUUCCAGCCAAGCAUCUUACAAGUGCCAAUUCUCUGUAUUUUUAAGGAAUGCCAGCAACAGUGGUCAGACCAUGGAAUUAGGGCUGACUUGCACAUGGUGGGGUCUUGCCAAAGGGCAGGCAGCCCUUACUGCACCAGGUCGUGUGUGUCCACUCCAGAUCUCAUUCAGCCUGAUGCUUUUUAGCUUGCAUUUGUGAUGGAUAAAACCUUCAAAUAUGCUCUGAAAUUCUAAAAAGAGGUGUACCUGGCUGUUUUUGUCAUGCAAAAUCUCGGGUUUCCUUUCAGAGUAUAAAUAUCCAUAGAUUUUUGGAGCAUUUACAGAAAGGGGGUUGUCUCUAUAGUAGGUAGAAAGCCUCCUGAUGGUGUAAAAAACCCCGAACAACCCAAAACAACAACAAAACAAGAUAGUCAAAACAAAACCCCAACAAUUUCUUUAUCAUUCUUUUAAUGCCUGCAGUGUCCAACACAGAAGACCUGCCAAACUUUAUUCUUGCUGUAAAUAGCUUUGAUAUGAUAAAAUAUACUGAUCCUGUUUGAAAUUGAUGCCAAACAUUAGAACUCUGUGUUAGACACAGAGAGAAGAGAGCAGUGGGGGUGUAAGGGAAGAGCUGCAGGAGGGGUGGGAUUGGUAAAGUUUGACUGUGUCAGAAAUCUGAGCACUGUGCAUGUGUGUCUUCGGCUAAAAUUAACCACCGAAGCUUCACAUGCCAGCAUAUAUAUAAUCAUUUAACUGUGGACCCCUUGAGAAGGAAGAGCAAGCUGGACUCCAGCAGAUAUAUUCACGUUAAAUAUGCCAAUAAGUAGUAUGACCUUCCAGGUCCCUGUUCGUGGGAGAAGUAAAUUUUCCUGUGACCAUUAUAAAACAAUUUAUACGGAUUGGGCUAAUCACUAUCUAGCAAAAUCUGGUCACAAGAGAUUGAUAAAAGAUCUACAGCAGGAUGUGACUGAUGGAGUCCUGCUAGCUGAGAUAAUCCAAGUUGUAGGGCUGCAUAUUGUCCCUCUUCCCUUGGGCCUGGAUCCUUCAUUAGUUCCUUCAGAGGCUCAUCCAUCUGGUGCUGGGGAUGCCACAAAACACAUGCAUGGGCCAAUGAAGAUGGAUGGAAUGGGAAAGCCUGCUAAUGGGAAUUAGGACAACCAUUGUUAGGAGCAAGCUGACAGAUUUGAGAUGCAAAUUAAGAAGCUGGCAAUGAAGGAACAGGACAUCAGUGCACGCAUAUUUAUUAUGUGUGUUUGAGAUGCUGUAAGGGAGCUACUUCUGGGUUUUGAGGUAGGGAUCUGCAAGCCCUGUUCUGGGAUGACACUGUGAAACAUCUUCCAGUGAUUCUACUGGGGUAUGUUAAAAAAGAUUUUGUCUCUCUGCUGUAGAGCAACACUAUAUGUCACUAGUGUUGUAGACCUGCCCGUGUAGUUACAGAGGCCAUGAAUUAAUUGAUGACUGUGUGUUGACAGGUAUUCACUUUGAAUAAUGCUCCUUCCUAUAUCCCUUUCCUUUAAUUGGAAGGGGUUUUGGAAACCCAGGAGCAGUUAGGUGUUGGUUCCUUUCAUGCCGGUCUGGCUACCCUGCCUUAUCACAGUUGUAGGAAACUUCUGCAUGACAACAUGUGUGCAAGAAUACCACCAUCAAAAUGUGGACAUGGUUCCUUCUACCAAAUAUUUAAAUCUAGCUCUUUGAGUAUUGACUUGUGAAAACCCUUAUGAAAUUCAAAUUAUUCCUUCUAAAAUACAUAACCAGUUAUUGCUUUGAUCACCUUUGCAGGGGUUUUUUUUGGUCAUUUUUAUAGCUGCCUUCUGGCUAAUAUUUAAGAUAAGGUCUGCAAGGUUUCAAAAGUUGAAGUAUGAGGGGAAGGAUUUCUUUUUCAAGGAACCUUUUUCAUGUGAAAGAAAGGUCAUAUUUAAACAUUCUGAGUUUAAUCCAGCAAAUUAAUAGUGCAGAACAGUAAUUUGUUUCUGCUGUGUAUGGCUUUAGGCAGCUGCAUCUCAUUGUCACAAAGAUGAGGAGGGCUUUCACACGAAGAAGCAGCUUUUUCUGUAGCCUGCAAAAUCCAACUUUUUUCCUAACUACAUAGUAAGAAAGCUUUGAUAUGUAGUGCAAGAGAGGGUUUUUUUAUGUUGUGGUGUGCUAUGUGCAACAGCAGCUAUUUGCAAGUCAAUUAAAAUGCAUUCACAUCAUUCUGGUUCAUUGCAGUUCAAAAUGAAGGAGCCUGUAAAAGAAUAUGUUAGUCCUAUAUGCCUUGGUAAUGCCAUAUAAACAUAGUAGCUGUGUUUAAAUCUAUGAAUGCAGACACACUGGGUGUGACCUGGGUUCUUGGAGGUAUCUCUGUACAUGUGUCCCAAACAAGAGACACCUCCUUCACAAGUUCAUUAGUCUGCUUUCAAGUAGUUAUGAAUGGUGCCAAUUUAUAGGAAUACAGCUAUCAAUUUUUUAAAGUGUUAUAAAUUUAAUAUUAUGAGAUGGGUGCGCAGGACUUGGAAAAUGGGAUUUAACGAAUUAAUCUUUGUUUCUGUAUGGCCAAAUCUGAGAUGGCAUUCCUGGAAGCAGUGUGCUUUUCAUAUGUAGAGGCUGAUGGAUCACUCUGGGGAGCACACUGUGAAUUCAGCUGCAGUCUCUUUCAGAUUAGCAUCAAUUUCUCAUUGCAUUGUGUACUGUGUCGUGGGUAUGUAAAAUGGGAUCUAUCAGGCAUGAGUGAAGCUGUGUUACUGCUCUCUUUCUCAUGGCUAUGACUGCUACUGGAAUAUCAUGCCAAACGUGAUCCUCCUAACAGAGGGAAUCCGUGAAGUGGAUGGAGUUCUUGCUGGUGUCCUGAGAAUACAUGGACCUGCUACAAAAUACAGCUUUUAAUGCAUGAAUUAGAUGGGAUCAAAUGAAAAGAUUGAAGACAUCAAUGGCUGCCCAAAAAAUAGAUCUCAAAUGAUUGAAAACAUAGAUGCAUGCCUGAGUUUCUUGGCUGCUAAGGGGAUUAACAUCCAGGGGCUGUCAGCAGAAGAAAUCAGGAAUGGGAAUCUAAAGGCCAUCCUGGGCCUGUUCUUCAGCCUGUCUCGGUACAAGCAGCAGCAGCAGCAGCAGCCCCAGCACCAUCCAUCCCAGCAAGCAGGGCCUCCAUCCCAGUGCCAGGUGGGGGUCCCUCAGCAGCAGGUGCCAGCUCUGCUCCACACUCCAUGCCAACAGCCCCCACAAGCUGUGCAGCAUCAGUUAAAAGCACAACCAGAAAUGCAGUCCAGUGCAUCUCCCAGGGACUCAUCUCAAAGCAAAAUCAUCCGAUUCACUCUUGGUCAGAAAAGGUCUUCUAGACUUCCAGGUCCCACCAUGAGGGUGUCUGCUGCAGGCAGUGAGGCCAAAGCUCGUGGUUCCAUCAGUGCCAACAACCGACGCAGCCAGAGCUUUAACAACUAUGACAAAUCUAAGCCUGGGCUUCUCCCUCCAACCCCAACAAACAGCAAUGACAAAGAGCCUGCAGACAGCACGGUCUCCCAGCCCACAGGAAUGAAUGAAAAUGUCUCAUCCUCAGUUCAAAUCUGUGGCAGUGCUGUUCCUUGCAAUAACUCCUCAGCCAUCCCUCAGCCCAGCUCUGCUAUUAAACCUUGGCGCAGCAAGUCCCUCAGUGCCAAGCACACAGCGACGUCUUCCAUGCUAUCUGUGAAGCAGCCAGCAGCAGAGCCUCCAAAGCCUCCCUCGGAAAUCGCCAAAACAGCUCCCAACGGUCAGAAAUCCAUGCUGGAAAAACUAAAACUCUUCAACAGCAAAGGGGGUUCCAAAGCAGGAGUGGCCGGGACAACGCCAGAGUGUCCGGGCUCUUGGGACAGCAGCUGUGAAAAGUUGGAGGCACUUCUCAGCUUUGAGGAGAGUGAAGAAAUCGAUGCCACCAACCAGAAUGUGAACAACCUAGGAUCGUUGUCCAGCAGCCCCAAAAUUGCACUCAAGGGAAUUGCACAAAGGACUUUCAGUCGCGCACUGACUAAUAAGAAAAGUUCUCCAAAGGGUAAUGAGAAGGAGAAAGAGAAACAAAAAGAGAAGGAAAAAGAUAAAAGUAAAGACAUUACAAAGAGAACAUCCAUCACCGAGAAGCUGGAGCUGAAGGAGGAACCUAAAGAAGAACAGACAGCUCUAACAACAACAACAGAGAUGCCAAAAAAGUCCUCCAAGAUUGCAAGUUUUAUCCCUAAAGGAGGGAAGCUGAACAGUGCCAAGAAGGAGGCCUCUGCCCCUUCGCACAGCGGAAUACCAAAACCAGGAAUGAAAAACACCACAGGGAAAUCCUCAAGUGCCCCUGUUCCUGCAAAGGAAGGCGAGAGGAGCCGUGGGGGGAAAGCCAGCUCGGGGCUCUCGCAUCAGAAGUCCCAGCUGGACAGCCUUCAUUCCAGCUCCUCCUCCAGCCUGGCUUCCUCCGAGGGGAAGGGUGUCGGGGGCCUGCACAGCAGCAGCAGCAGCCAGGCCGUGAACGGGCCCGCGCACACCACAGGCAGCAACACCGUGAGCGUGCAGCUACCUCAUCCCCAGCAGCAAUAUAGCCACCCUAACACUGCCACCGUUGCGCCCUUCAUGUACAGAUCUCAGACAGACAAUGAAGGGAACGUAACAGCCGAGGCCAGCACAGGAAGGGUCAGCAUGGAUUCUGCUCUUUAUGUCAAAACUGUCCAGCCUGCCCUUGAGGACCUCUCAGGAGAGGAUCCAGAGACACGGCGGCUGCGAACUGUGAAGAACAUCGCUGAUCUUCGGCAGAACCUGGAGGAAACCAUGUCCAGUUUGCGGGGAACCCAGAUCACCCACAGCACAUUGGAGACCACAUUUGACACCAACGUCACCACCGAGAUCAGCGGCCGCACCAUCCUCAGCCUGACGGGGCGGCCGACACCACUGUCCUGGCGGCUGGGCCAGUCCAGCCCACGGCUGCAGGCCGGAGACGCGCCGUCCACAGGCAACGGCUACCCGCCGCGGGGCAACGCCAGCCGCUUCGUCAGCACCGAGCCGGGUGCUGCGCGCUACCUGUACUCUGCGCCGCUGCGGCGGCAGCUGGCCACGCGCGGCAGCAGCGUCUGCCACGUGGACAUCGCUGACAAGGCCGGCGAUGACAUCGACCUCGAGGGCAUCACCAUGGACGCCACUGGCUACAUGAGCGACGGCGACGUGCUGGGCAAGAACAUCAGGGCUGACGACAUCACCAGCGGGUACCUGACUGAUGGCGGGCUGGGGCUGUACACGCGACGGCUGAACCGGCUGCCCGACGGCAUGGCCACGGUACGGGAGACGCUGCAGCGCAGCACGGCCCUGAGGCUCGGCGACGCCGACAGCUGGGAUGACAGCAGCUCUGUCAGCAGUGGGAUCAGUGACACCAUAGAUAAUCUCAGUACUGAUGACAUUAACACCAGCUCCUCUAUCAGCUCCUAUGCCAACACACCUGCCUCCUCUCGCAAGAACUUAGAUGCACAGACCGAUGCAGAAAAGCAUUCCCAGGUGGAGCGGAAUUCCUUAUGGUCCAGUGAUGAAGUCAAGAAAUCCGAUGGUGGAUCUGAUAGCGGCAUAAAAAUGGAGCCAGGAUCCAAAUGGAGGCGGAAUCCCUCUGAUGUGUCGGAUGAGUCUGAUAAAAGCACUUCGGGUAGGAAGAACACUGUUAUUUCCCAGACGGGCUCCUGGCGACGGGGCAUGUCAGCUCAGGUUGGCAUUACCACACCAAGGCCUAAACCUUCAACCACCUCAGGCACGUUAAAGACACCUGGAACAGGGAAAACUGAUGACGCCAAGGUAUCAGAAAAGGGUAGACUAUCUCCUAAAGCUGGACAUGUUAAACGUUCCCCAUCAGAUGCAGGACGCAGCAGUGGUGAUGAAUCCAAAAAGCUUCCCACAAGUAACUCUAGGACAACUGCUGCUAAUGCUAAUACAUUUGGAUUUAAGAAACAGAGCGGGUCAGCCGUAGGCAUGACCAUAAUCACUGCCAGUGGGGCAACUCUCACCAGUAGAUCGGCUACCUUGGGAAAGAUCCCCAAGUCAUCUGGACUCAUGGGUAGGACCACUGGUCGGAAGACUAGUGUUGAUGGCUCCCAGAACCAGGAUGAUAGCUACUUAGCACUUAGUGCACGAACUAAUCUUCAGUACCGUAGCUUACCCCGGCCCAGUAAAUCCAGUAGCAGAAGUGGAGCUGGGAAUAGAUCUAGCACAAGUAGCAUAGACUCCAACAUAAGCAGCAAGUCAGCUGGGUUGCCUGUCCCUAAAAUCAGAGAGCCUGCCAAGGUAAUCCUUGGAAGCUCUCUGCCAGGAUUAGUCAAUCAGACUGAUAAAGAGAAAGGGAUUUCGUCUGACAACGAAAGCGUGGCUUCAUGUAAUUCUGUUAAAGUGAACCCUGCAUCACAGCCUGCUGCUAGCGGAGCUCAGAGUACCCACCAGCAAGGAGUCAAGUAUCCUGAUGUGGCCUCUCCCACUCUGCGCAGACUUUUUGGUGGGAAGCCUAGUAAACAAGUUCCCAUCACAACAGCUGAAAAUAUGAAAAACUCAGUAGUCAUCUCCAACCCUCAUGCUACCAUGAGCCAGCAGGGUAACCUUGACUCCCCAUCUGGCAGUGGUGUGCUGAGCAGUGGGGGCAGCAGUCCCCUCUAUGGUAAAAACACAGAUCUCAACCAGUCUCCACUGGCUUCCAGCCCCAGUUCUGCACACUCGGCUCCUUCCAACAGUUUGACAUGGGGUACCAACGCCAGUAGUUCUUCUGCAGUUAGCAAGGAUGGCAUUGGAUACCAGUCUGUCAGCAGCCUUCACACCAGCUGUGAAUCCAUAGACAUCUCCCUGAGCAGUGGAGGUGGGCUGAGCCACAACUCCUCCAGUGGCUUGAUUCCAGCCUCCAAGGAUGAUUCUCUGACUCCCUUCAUCCGAACCAACAGUGUUAAGACUACAUUGUCUGAAAGCCCUCUUUCUUCCCCUGCUGCUAGCCCCAAAUUCUGCCGAAAUACUUUGCCCAGGAGACAGGACAGCGACCCACAUCUUGAUAGGAACACUUUGCCUAAGAAGGGACUCAGGUAUACUCCAUCCUCCCAGCUCCGUAGUCAAGAGGAUGCAAAGGAAUGGCUCCGGUCCCAUUCAGCAGGAGGACUGCAGGAUACUGCUGCCAAUUCUCCAUUUUCAUCUGGAUCCAGCAUAACAUCACCCUCUGGAACUAGAUUUAACUUCUCGCAGCUUGCGAGCCCCACAAGCGCAGCGCAGAUGAGCCUGUCCAAUCCCAGCAUGCUGCGCACGCACAGCCUGUCCAACGCCGAUGGGCCCUACGACCCCUACAGCGACACGCGCCUCCGCAACAGCUCCAUGUCCCUGGAUGAGAAGAGCCGCACCAUGAGCCGCUCCGGCUCCUUCCGCGACGGCUUCGAGGAGGUGCAUGGUUCUUCUCUCUCUUUGGUGUCCAGUACAUCAUCUAUUUAUUCCACACCUGAAGAGAAGUGCCAGUCAGAGAUUCGCAAGCUGCGGAGAGAAUUGGAUGCAUCCCAAGAAAAAGUGUCUGCUCUGACAACUCAGCUGACUGCUAAUGCUCACCUGGUGGCAGCGUUUGAGCAGAGCCUGGGGAACAUGACAAUCCGACUGCAGAGCCUGACCAUGACAGCAGAACAAAAGGACUCGGAACUGAAUGAGUUAAGGAAGACAAUUGAACUCCUGAAGAAACAAAAUGCUGCUGCUCAGGCUGCCAUCAAUGGAGUCAUCAACACCCCUGAGCUCAACUGCAAAGGUCCUGGAGCUGCUCAGCCCACGGACCUGCGGAUCCGGAGGCAGCACUCCUCGGACAGCGUCUCCAGCAUUAACAGUGCCACCAGCCAUUCCAGCGUGGGCAGCAACAUCGAGAGCGACUCCAAGAAGAAGAAGAGGAAGAACUGGGUCAAUGAGUUACGCAGCUCCUUCAAGCAAGCUUUUGGGAAAAAGAAAUCUCCCAAGUCAGCAUCUUCUCAUUCAGACAUUGAGGAGAUGACUGAUUCUUCCUUACCUUCCUCACCAAAGCUACCACACCACAACACCACUGUUUCAACACCACUACUGAGAGCUUCCCAUUCCAAUUCUCUUAUUUCAGAGUGCACAGACAGCGAGGCUGAGACGGUGCUGCAGCUGCGGAACGAGCUGCGGGACAAGGAGAUGAAGCUGACAGACAUCCGCCUGGAGGCCCUCAGCUCUGCCCACCAGCUGGACCAGCUGCGUGAGGCCAUGAACAGGAUGCAGAGUGAAAUUGAAAAGUUAAAAGCAGAGAACGAUCGGCUGAAAUCUGAAAACCACGGCAGCUGUAGCAGGACUCAGUCUCAGGUUUCCAUCUCCUCCUCUCCCAGACACUCAGUGGGUCUCUCUCAACACAGCCUGAACCUCACAGAGUCGACCAGUCUCGACAUGCUCUUGGAUGACACUGGAGAUGGCUCUGUCCGGAAAGAAGGAGGCAGGCACGUCAAAAUAGUCGUCAGCUUCCAGGAUGAGAUGAAAUGGAAGGAGGAUUCCAGGCCUCGCACCUUCCUCAUAGGCUGCAUUGGAGUCAGUGGGAAGACCAAGUGGGAUGUUCUGGAUGGGGUUGUUAGACGCCUGUUUAAGGAGUACAUCAUCCACGUGGAUCCCAUAAGCCAGCUGGGUCUGAACUCAGACAGUGUUCUGGGCUACCGCAUUGGGGAAAUCAGGCGCACCAACAGCGCAGAGACCCCGGAGCUACUGCCCUGUGGGUACCUGGUUGGAGAAAACAACACUAUCUCAGUUACCAUCAAAGGUAUCUGCGAGAACAGCCUGGACGGGCUGGUGUUCGAGUCGCUGAUCCCCAAGCCCAUCCUGCAGCGCUACGUGUCCUUGCUGAUGGAGCACAGGAGGAUCAUCCUGUCUGGCCCCAGUGGCACGGGCAAAACCUACCUGGCCAACCGCCUGUCUGAGUACAUGGUGCUCAGGGAGGGCAGGGAGCUGGCCGAGGGCAUUAUCGCCACCUUCAAUGUCGACCACAAAUCCAGCAAGGAGCUCCGCCAGUACCUGUCCAACCUGGCAGACCAGUGCAACAGUGAAAAUAAUGCCGUGGAUAUGCCUCUUGUCAUCAUUUUGGAUAAUCUGCACCAUGUUAGCUCCCUAGGAGAGAUCUUUAAUGGACUCCUAAACUGCAAGUACCACAAAUGUCCAUAUAUUAUUGGAACAAUGAACCAAGCCACCUCCUCCACACCUAAUCUUCAACUUCACCAUAAUUUCAGAUGGGUGCUAUGUGCAAACCACACUGAGCCAGUCAAAGGCUUCCUCAGCCGUUUCCUGAGAAGAAAACUGAUUGAAACAGAGAUCAGUGGCAGGAUGAGGAAUGCAGAGCUGGUUAAGAUUAUUGAUUGGAUUCCCAAGGUCUGGCAACAUCUGAACAAAUUCUUGGAGGCUCACAGCUCCUCUGAUGUUACUAUUGGUCCACGGCUCUUCCUUUCCUGUCCAAUAGAUGUAGAUGGUUCUAGAGUUUGGUUCACUGACUUGUGGAACUACUCCAUCAUUCCAUAUCUUCUGGAGGCAGUAAGAGAAGGGCUACAGUUGUAUGGGAGGAGAGCGCCCUGGGAGGAUCCUGCCAAGUGGGUGAUGGACACCUACCCCUGGGCAGCCAGUCCCCAGCACCACGAGUGGCCUCCUCUGCUCCAGCUGCGGCCUGAGGAUGUGGGCUUUGAUGGCUACUCCGUGUCCCGGGAAGGCUCCACCAGCAAACAAGUUCCAGUGAGUGAUGCUGAAGGAGAUCCUCUGAUGAACAUGCUAAUGAGACUCCAGGAGGCAGCCAACUACUCCAGUCCCCAGAGUUAUGACAGCGACUCCAACAGCAACAGCCAUCACGAUGACAUCCUGGAUUCCUCUCUGGAGUCAACGUUGUGAUGUCCCUCAGACAGAAGUUGUUUCCACUUGGCAAGAGCCCUGAUCACAGAAUGCUGAAAAGAACACAUUCCUGGGCUGGGAUCUCAGUAUUUAGAGCUGCAAGAACAAGACACUUGGAGCAAUCUUGAACCUGGGUGCAGGCAACCCAAGUGACCUUUUUAUUGGUUUUUUUUGACAAUGAUGAGAACUGCACUACCCCUUUAUUUCCUUCUUUUUAGUUGCUGUAAGCUCUCAUGCCUAAGAUCCUGAAGAUGUUAAAAAUAAUCAUCAUUACCAAGUUGAAGGGACUGGGGUGGGGGCAGUUUCACAGCUGUGAAGCGAGCAGCUUUGUGCCAUGUACUGUCUGGAAAGAGAGGGGAGAGGGAGUAUUUGCCUAUGCUGCUUCUGACCAAACACAUUUAUGUGAGGGCUGGACAUUUACCAAUCAGCUUUGUGGGUUAAACUCAGCUUCAUAUAGUUCUGGUGCUAUAACAAUAUCGCUUGCCUCCUAAUAAUACUCAAUGCAGGCAAAGCUGCAAAACAGGGAAGUUUGAAUAAAUAUUAAAAAAAGAGAAAAGGAAAAAAAGAAACUAAAACAAAAAGCGCUGCUCUCCUUGCCAGUCUGAGACCUUGGUUUUCUUUCAUUGUGUGUUUAUAAAGAUUAUAUGUAUAAAUAGGAAUAUAUAAAAAUAUGUAUAUGGUCUGAACAAAUCAGGUUUUUUUUCAAACACUGUGUAGCAAUCAAUCCUCCUACAAAUGAAAAAACAGGUAGCCUUUUGCUAGUCAGGGCCCAAUUCACUUCCCACUUACAUCCACACCACCAGCUGGGCUGACUUCUAUGGUGUUUGCACCCCACUAAUUCACUCUGAGGAGAGGGGGCUUCCCUCCUUCACAGAAGUCAGUAGCAGGGCUGUGCCCAUGGAGUACUAUAGCUCCAGAGGACCCUUGGCAGUGCACAGGCAUGGUGAGCUCUGUACACAGAAGUGAGCUACACCCCUGCAAAGGGAUGAGUCAGACUUUCAGUUUUUGAUUCUUGCUAUUAAAUGUGACAGCUGUUUUUAGAAAACUUUGGGUUUUGUUCAGAGGUUUCAUUCCAAUCAGCACAACCAUAAUGGGGUUAAUUAAAAUUCAGCUCUGUGGCAGUUCCAGUGCUACUCUGGUGACAGUAUUUCCAUAAAUUUUCUUUUUAAUUGCAAAGUUAAAAAAAAAGCAUUUCAGCAGUAUUCAGGUCUGGGAAAUAAAAAAAAGAUAAGGUACUGAGUACUGUGUCUUUUGAGCUUAGCUGUGCCAUGCUUUGGAGUUGUGGCAGAGCUGUGAACGUGGUUUGGUUUCUCCUCCUCUGUGAACGCACACACCAACAUGAUCAGUGUUAAGGCUUGUACUUGUGUUGGGGAAGAAGAAUACCUCCCAAAGAGUUGCACUUUCCUGGUGACACCAUCACCUCCAGCACAUCAGCUGUACCUCAGCCAACACCUCACUCCUCAGGAGGGAUUCUUAUGAGCCUUUCCAGCUCUCCUCUGGUGCUGACUUUUAAAAGUGAUGCCUUAUUUUGUACUAAUUGUGUUUGAUUAAAUUAGUGCUGUAUAUUAUGGGAUUUUAUUUAAAGAAACAGGGCUAAAGUCAUCUCUUGAAAUAUCAUAAGUUGCUGUGAAUAUUGUUUGUAUGAGAUACUAGAAUUUGUUUAAUGUGACAAAAAAAGGAGAGAAAUGAGAUAACGUUUCAGGUUCAUAUCAAUCCCCAGCUAACAAAUCACUGAUCCAUGCAGGAGGGACAAAAGAAGCUUUUCAACUCUAAUAAAUUACAGAAAUUGAUGGUUUUCAAUGUACAGAAAGAAAUCUUACUACAAAGAGCUUGUGGGUUUAAAGGAACAUAACAAACAAGUUCAUGCUUCUUUGGCUCAGCUUGAGAGGAUGGUUUUAUUAUACCUCAUGACUUUCUGUAAUAUAACUGUACUUUGUCUUACUAAGCUGGUCUUGAAUCUGCUCCUGUUACAACUUUUAAGUGCUGAUGAUUUUUUUUUUUUAAAGAAAAAUAUUGUAAAAGGAAAAAUUUAAAUAUUUUAAUGAAGGGGGGAAGAGCUUGGUGUUGUUACUGUUUUCACCUUAUGAACUCUGAUUUCAUUAUUUCACUGAAUGGAAUAACAGAGGUUACUCAGCCAGUUUCCCUAAUCCAGUUCUUGGUACUGUAAAAAAAUGGGUUAGAUCUGUAUGGAAUCAAAUCCUUAGCAUGCUGAUGAUGAGUUUGAGAGAAGUUAAUUUUUCCAAUAGUCUUGACAAUUCUGCUUCCCAGCACUAACUUUACCUGCUACUACUGUGAAUUUUGGUACCCAACUGAAUCCAUGCAGACAGAGCAUGUGCCUGUAAAAAAAAAAAUCCAGUUGCAGUGCUAGGGCUUUAAAUGGACUUGAUAUCCUAGAAAAUGUCUUGGUUGACCUUUAACUGAGUACUAAAAGACGUGUUUAAAGUAGUGCUUUAUUUGUGGGGAACGGGGUAUUUUUUUUUUCUCAUGUUUAAUCCUGUGCUUAAGCUCAGGAAGAAAUUUCUGUUAUCUCUUCUUUUUUAUUGACACUAGCUUGGCUUAAAGUGAGAGAGGCAAUUUUGAAUAGGCUAGUCAUUCUGAGCAUCACAAUAUUCCAUGUCUUUUCUGAAACUUUGGGAAGCAGGGUUACCUGUUGUGCACACGUCUUAGUUUUUAUCAAGACUUUUCAUAGAUUACGUCUUUCUUUAGGUGACUUUCUUCUCAUUUAAAGCUUUUUCAAAACACUUCUUUUCUUUUUUCUUUUUUCUCCUCCUUACAAAGUUGGCUUGUUUAAAAAAAAAUAUCAACGAGAAAUGCAAGAUUCUAUGCAACAUUCGUGUUGAGUUAUAAAUUGAGAGAAUAAACCAUUUUCUUUUUUUCAGAAUCGCCAAGAAUAUACAGGCCAUAAAUGACAUGUGGUUUAUUUGGGGAAGGGGAGGGAGGGGGUUGGUUAGUUUUUUGUACAUUUUGAAAGAAGCAAACUUGAUACUUCAUUGUUGAUGCUUAACUUCGAUAUUAUGUGUAUGAAAUCUUGUCUAAAUGUGGCAAUUUUCUUUCAAGAAAAAAAUAAUAUACAAAAACAAAGAAAAAAAAUCUUUGUUGAUAUUAAAUGGAAGGUUGCUGUUUUGAUCUAGUCGUUUCCAGUGGAACAGUUUAUGAAAUAUGUUCUAUAAGAUGUACAUUUUUUCAUUGUAACAUAGAAAUGUAAAUAUUUGAUUAAAAGUGCUGCAUUUUGAUGAAUUUUUUCUAGCCAUUUUUAAAGAGAAAACUAGGAAUUGAGUAUUUUGUGUACGUUUAUGAUGUUUUCCAUUUGCUCCUCUCCCUAUUUAAUUUUCAGUUCUCAUUUAGGAUUGGAAUUUGUGAAUGGUCUGUUUGAGAUCAUGCCUCCCCUAUCUCACUCUCCCUUUUUCUACCCCUUCCCCACCCCGUGUCAUGGAGAAUAAAGCUGAUGAUUGUACCAGUCUUAAAUUAUUCAUUAUUCAAUAAAAUUGAUGCUUAUUUAUUCAGA